AUGAUGAUGAAAGAGUUCUUCCAACGAAAGGAGGACGACCGGAACUGUAAGACGAAGACAUACCCCGAUGACCUUCCAAACACCAGCAUUGUGAUCGUGUUUCAUAAUGAGGCAUGGAGUACACUCCUAAGAACCAUACACAGCGCCAUAAACCGCUCGCCCAGACACCUGCUGCUUGAGAUACUACUGGUGGAUGAUGCCAGCGAGAGAGAUUUUCUAAAGAAGAAAUUGGAAGACUAUGUUACAACUCUAGAGGUUCCAGUACGAAUUUUGAGGAUGGAACAGCGAUCCGGUUUGAUUCGAGCACGGUUGAGGGGGGCAGCUGCCACGCGAGGGCAGGUCAUCACCUUCCUGGACGCCCACUGUGAGUGCACUGUAGGGUGGCUAGAACCGCUGCUGGCCCGAAUCAAAGAGGACAGGAGGGCUGUGGUCUGCCCUAUCAUUGAUGUCAUCAGUGAUGAGACAUUCGAGUAUAUGGCCGGCUCAGAUAUGACCUAUGGGGGAUUCAACUGGAAACUCAACUUUAGAUGGUAUCCAGUUCCACAGAGAGAGAUGGAUCGACGCAAGGGGGACCGAACCCUUCCUGUUAGAACUCCCACGAUGGCAGGAGGUCUGUUCUCAAUUGACCGAACUUAUUUUGAAGAGAUCGGCACUUAUGAUUCAGGAAUGGACAUAUGGGGAGGGGAAAAUCUUGAGAUGUCUUUUCGGAUCUGGCAGUGUGGAGGAUCUCUAGAGAUAGUUACAUGUUCUCAUGUAGGGCAUGUAUUCCGGAAGGCCACACCAUACAGCUUUCCUGGUGGAACUGGUCAGGUGAUCAACAAGAACAACAGACGACUGGCUGAAGUCUGGAUGGAUGAGUUCAAAGAUUUUUUCUACAUCAUCUCGCCAGGUGUGGUUCGGGUGGAUUAUGGAGAUGUUUCUUCUCGGAAGGCUUUGAGGGAAACUCUGAAGUGUAAACCAUUCUCAUGGUACCUGGAGAACAUCUACCCCGACUCUCAGAUUCCACGCAGAUAUUACUCACUCGGGGAGAUCAGAAAUGUUGAGACAAAUCAGUGUGUGGAUAACAUGGGCCGUAAAGAGAAUGAAAAGGUUGGCUUCUUCAACUGUCAUGGAAUGGGUGGCAACCAGGUGUUCUCAUAUACUGCUGACAAAGAGAUCCGUACUGAUGACCUGUGUCUGGAUGCAUCACGGCUUAAUGGACCUGUUGUUAUGCUGAAGUGCCACCACAUGAAAGGAAACCAGAUGUUUGAAUAUGAUGCAGAGUAUGUUGGCAAAUGGGAGUAUGACUUUAAGCGGCUGACUCUGCUCCAUGUGAAUAGUAACCAGUGUCUGGACAUGCCUUCUGAAGAGGAUAAGAUGGUUCCCACUCUCAGAGACUGUAGCGGCCGGCGGUCACAGCAGUGGAUCCUGAGGAACAUGACUCUAAGUGUCUGACAGAGCCAGCAACCUCCAGAUCAGACCUGAAUCUCGGCACUCGCAACACAACACGAGUCCUGGAGUCAGGUUUAUGGCCUUCUUCACAGCUCUGUGAACUGUCAUUUUCUGGUUCAUGAUCAAGUUCAUCCAGGCCUUGAUCGGAAGAACCACACACAGCCCAUUUACUGACCCAUUUGUGACCAGGCUUGUGUCUCUGUUGAUGUCUGGACUGCAUUCUUUAGCUUUCAGAUUCACUGGUCUGGGGUCAGAUCACAGCCCAUGACCAUCUUGGCAAGGUUUUAACGCAUGCUGUCUCUGAUAUGAGCAUGUGUCACUGGCUAUCUAUGCUGCUCAUCCUGUGUGGGAGUUCUGAUGCCUCUUAAUAUCCUCCACGUCAUAUCUUUGACAGUAGCCCAUAUGUUUCUUCAGAGAUGGAGUGAUUGUGUCAGCCUCCACUGUGCUGAAAUGCAUUUAACACUGGGCAGAAUCUUCAGCUCCACUUUCUUUACAGCACCUGAAGGGAUUGUGUGUUUGUCAGUGGAUUAUAUGGCGACAAUAUUACUUGCUGCUGUUUCUCAAAAAUAUCUUGAUCUCUUUCAGCGAGGCUGCAAUAUAUACUUGACCUGCCUUAAGGAAACUUGAUCAGAAAAGCACAUUUGCUUUUUGUUUUGUUUGUUUGUUCGUUUGUUUGUUUCAUGAACAGUGCUGGGUAGUAACUUGGAUAUGUCAUUUGGAUUACGUAUUCAGAUUCCAAAAAAAACAAAUACUUGUAAUUAGAUUAAUUGAUUCUCCCCAAUUCUUCUUUUUUAUCUUUCAGAUUUUCCUUUUUCAAAAGUUUUGUGGAAUUGCACACACAGACCGGCUAUGGAUCAGGCUACUAUAAUUACAUGGGAAAUUGAGAAGCCACAGAGCAUAAACAAAUAAAACAUAUAAUCUUUUUUUUAAUUUGUGUUUUUUUAUUAUUAUUAGUAGUAGUAGUAUUUUCAGAUUAUUUAUUUUUUUAUAUUUUAACUUUUUAUAAUUUAAUUAAUUAUUAGCUUUUCAUAAAUUUAUGAACACCCUGCAGUUUCUUCCUAAACCCUAGUUUGGGAAACCCAGACACAAUGUAAAGUUUAAAAAUGUAAGAUUAUACUAUUCAAACCAAUGUUAUAAAAAAGUUAGGUCAAAAUUAGUCGAAAAGUAAUGUAUUGUGAAAUGUGUAAAUAGAUUAUGUUACUAAAUACAAAUUGUAUCAUUUAAUUUGUAUUCAGUAAGGGACUACAAUUUGUAAGUAAUCUCCCUGGCACUGUUCAUGAAUUAAAGUUUUUUUUUUUUUUUUUUUUUUUUUUUAUUAACAGCAGCUCAUUUUGAGGUUGCAUUUCAUCAUAAUGCAUAGUACAGUUUAUGUGAUUUAUGGGUGUAUGAUUUAUCUGUAUUGUAUUUAGUUCAUCUGAUUUUAGUUUGAUAAUAAAAUCUUGGAAAUUGUACAUUUUCAUAAUAAAAUUGAACCAUAUCACAUUUUAUCAGGUCCACAUGCAAAAAAGUGGCUUCAUAUUUAACCCCAAAUCAGAGACAGUAAGAAAGUGUAGUCCAUUUUAGGACUUUUUUUUUUUUCUCGUGAAUUUGGAGUAAAAUAUGACCUGGACAUUUCUUUUUUUUUUUUUUCAGGGUAUUUACCUACCAAGUGUCCAUUUUUUAUUUUUAUCUAACAUUUCUAGAAAAUGUAGUGAUUGUGUGUCUACAUUUGGUAAUGUGCUAUCAUUUGUGUAUAAAGCAUUGUAGGCAGCAGCAUCUCAUAGGCAAAACUAAAACAAAUCAUUUGAAGCCAUCAUCAUCAUCUCCAUAACCACAGGUGUGUGUGACUGAUGGAUGCUUCUGGACACACAACUGUACAAAUUAUGAACUAGACCUUUUUGAGCAUUGAUGUACAUAUUAAAGCAAAUAUUUUUUUAAGAUGAAAUCUAAAAACUCCAGUGGAAAAAUUGAUACUGCUGUGAUACUGCUUGGUGUAUAUAAAAUAUGUUUGAAAAUUACUGUACAGCUUUAUUCCACUGCUACUGUAUGUACACAUCUAAUGCAUCCACCAUGUAUUGUUAGUGUUCUAUUAAUGUCUGUUUAACUCACACACACAAAAAAAAACUUAACUUUAAUAAUAUUGAUUCUUGAAUUGGGGGUAUAAGGGUUUGUGUAUUUAGUUAUUAAACAUGCACACAAUUGAGAGUGGUGUUAUAAAACUAUAUCUCAGUUAUUAAUAUGAACUAUCACAUGCAUGGUACAGUCUGACUCUGUACAUUUCUGUAUUUUUUUAAUCUUCAUAAAAAUGUGUGACUUUGUACUUGUCUUAAUGUUAACUGUUUGUACUUUCUUUCUUUUUCUUUUUUGUUACAACUUUUUUUGUCUCAACUGACCUCAUGUUUAAUAGAUUAAUGUAAUAGAACUGUUAACUGUAAUAAACAAAUGUUGUUAAAUG